UCUCUCGACAUAUUGCAUAACUUAAAAUUGAUUGAAGUCGAUGCUUGCGCAAGUCUGUUAAUGCAGCAUGUCUUGGUCAAAAAAUAUAUCAAUUAACACAUGGAGGUGCGGUCGCUUAAUGUCAAUGUAUCCCCAACAUUAUGUAGAUCCAAUAUACAAAAUGGAGGACCAAUGUUCCAAACGUACUGAACUGUUAAGACUUAGUCACAUACCAAUCAAGGGGGCCCUCAAUAAUUCAUCGGAUACAAUUUUUAAUGGAGAAAUCAAACAGAAAAUGGUAAAUUACAUCACCAAAAAUGGAGAAGGAUUUCUAUCAAGGAAGCUUAUGGCUCAGACGCUCGAAAUGAUAAAGCGAACCCAACUAGAGGGUUCGUAUAUAUCACCAGGAUAUAAUAAAACAGAAACGGAUGCAGAAAGCCUUUUAAUUCAGGCUGUCGAAAAUUGCCGACCUCUGCUACAAUUGUCCUCCAUAAAACGUGGCGGCGUCAAAUAUCAUGUUCCUAUUCCUCUGACAAACAAAAAGUCAUAUUUUUUGGCUAUGAAGUGGCUAUUAGAUGCUUCGCGUGAAAAGGAUCGUAAAGUUUCAUUACCUGAAAAACUAGCUUGGGAGAUUCUUGAUGCUGCCCAUGGCCACGGAAGAGUAAUUAAAAAAAAGGAAGAGUUAAGCCGCCAAUGUGAGAGUAAUCGUGCUUAUGCCCAUUACAGAUGGAGUUAACGUAGCUUUGUAAAACUCACCCAUUAAUAAACAUUAAUUACACAUUUUUGAAAAAUACAAUAAUUAAUUUUUUGACCAGUGA